AUGACUCGAGUAAAGCCUAUAUGUGAUGCUUUGGGCAAGAAGCGAUUCAAAAAAGUGUGUGAGAAUCUGCUUGAAUGCUGUGUCUGCACCAUCUGCCACGAAUUGAUGAGUGUGCCGAUGAUGGUUGAGUGUGGCCACAAUUACUGCUACACGUGUUUGAAGCACUGGCUGACUUCUAAUGAGAACACGGUGCUGAAGUGUCCCGACUGUCGAUCCGUGGUGAGCCAUCCUCCGAACAUGAACAUGUUUUUGGACCAUCAAUUAAAAUACAUCCUGGAAAUGCUCGUGAAGAACGCUGCCCCUGAUUCUGAGUGGGUGGCAAUUCUAGCUCAGAGGGACAAUGAUAUGACCGCAUAUCGUCGAGACGCAACGUCGAAGAACCUUUUCGACGGUGUGUUUGUGAACUCUACACUCGCUGUGACGGAUAUGGACGACGACGGGAUCCCCCGGUGCGGGAACUGCCAUUGGGAGCUGGAUCCAGACGAUGUGGACGACGAUGGCGACGAUAACGUGUGUCCGCAUUGUCAUUUCCGGAUACGGAACGUAAUUCGGCCCUCGCGGGACACGGAGGGGACGGGGGUUCCUCCUGCCCUCGCGGACGACUACAGCGAGGGCGAAUACGAAAGUAUCACUGUAGAGAUGCAGCGUGGGGGAAACCAGCGUGCUUCUGAAUCAGAUUACGAGUCCGGGUCCUCGGAAGACAGGCCGCGCGGGUCCGUGUACGAUCUGGAGGCGCAGGAUAGCGGCUCGGGCGACGAGCCCCACGAUGACGAAAUGGACUCCGAUUUGGACUCUUUCAUAGAGAACGACGAGGAGGAAACGGACGGCCCUGGAAGCAACGACAACGACAGCACCUUGGGCCGCAGAAAGAGAGUGUACGCCGUGCUGGAUGCGGACGAGAGCGACUCGCAGCAGUCGUCCCCUGACAGCGACUUCUACGAGCACAACAGCGCGGACGAGUUCGUGAGUGGCGAUAGCCUCGACGAGCAGAGUCCGGACCCGACGGGACGAAGACGCGGACCCAGGGUGGCCCUGGUGCUGAGCGAUGACGAGUGA